AGGAAAUCUCUGCAAGGUUUGGACUGUGUUUCAGCUGCCGGCGCCAAAGCUUUUGACGAACUAGAAGAAGUGAUUGACAAGCUUGGAGAUAAUUAUGGAAAAGGUUUUACAUGGGCCAAGGUGCAGAAAGAGAAACUUCAUCUAGUGAAACGCUACCUAAAACGUGACUACAACGUAGGACUGUUUCUUUCCAGGAUGCUUUAGCUUUCUUGGUUUUGUUUCCACGUUAGUGAACCUUAAAGGGAUAAUAAACCAUAACGGAUUUAACAGAGUAAAAUUCUGAAAAGAUAGACGUAUUCGGUAUAUUCUUACUGCGUUUCUCCCAAGGAACAAAAACAGAAACAAGGAGUUUCUUGGCACUAACUAUGGUGCUUGAAUUUGUGGCCGAAAAAACUGUGAUAGGAAAUGCGAAGAAGGACUUCUUAUAUAGUGUCGUGUUAUUUUAGAAUCUAUGAACAUUUGAUAUCAGAACAAAAGUUACCUGUGUAUACGUUUUUCUUAUGCCAGGUUGGUACAUUGUGCUUUUAUGUUCACUUAUUGGUAUAUACUAAAUAGUUAUUUGUGUUUUUAAGGUUAACUUAUCUAAAGAUUCGCCGGUCGCUGAUCAUUGUCGGACAUAUGCCCUUAGUUAUCCUCAAGAUAACGAUUGCACCACAGUCGAUAAUCAUGAACACGAUUCAAAAUGCGAUAUAUGCGAACUUCUCCCAACAUUAUUUCCUGAAGUUAGGUCAGUUAUUGGCAGCGUUAACUGUAGCGCUGAAGAACAAAACGAGAUGGAGUAU